GAACAUUCAUCACAAUCAUCCGUUGAGUGAGUCAUGAGCACCCGUGAAUGUUACCUUCAGAAGUCAUACGUUGGGCGUUCAUCUAAGAUGAUGGAUGACAUGAAAGCUACUCUAAGAGAACUCCAUGGAGUUUAGGUAUGGAGUCACAAUCUCAUGCAUCUUUCGGAGAUGCCGGCUUCAAAUGAAACACCCACACUUAUCUCUUGUUGAACCUGAACCAAUCAUAUUAUUACAUCUUUUGUCAAAAACAGCAUUACUUACCUGGAGGGGAAACCCCAUGGAGAAGUCUUUGAUAGACUUGUACAGGCGUUGGUGGCCUUGGUGGAGACUGCCUGCCUGCCUGCCUGCUUGCCU